CUUGUUUCCAGCGACGAGCCGCCCAAAAAGCCAGCUGUUUGCAGCAGCGAAUGCAUUUUAUGGCAAAAGCCACCGCGGCCGGCACGCAUCUUAAACCCCCACUCCCCUCCUCCUUUCGAAGGCCUUUGCUGUAGCAGCCUUAUAUAUAUAUAUCUCUAUCUUUUUUUUUUUUUUUACUCUCAACCAUGAGUCAGGACGUGCUAGGAUAGGGUGCUACCCCUGCCAUCGCCAGCUAUAGGCGGACACAUUCCUUCAACGAGCUCGCCGUUUUCAAUCACUGCGGGGUUGGACACAACGUUAGCCGAGGCGUUGCUAGGUGAGCUAGCGGGCUUAGCAACGCUGCUCUCGUAGCUGUUACGCGCGGCGGUUGAUAUCAGAAAUAACGGUUAUCGGUUUUUAAUUUGGACCACCGAAUGACAAGAGGGGUGGCUUAUGGUAUAAAACGGUGUGGGUGUGUUUUUAAGUGGCUAAUCUGUGGAAGUUUCAGUCAUUUGUAUUAUUAGUUUUUUUUAAACAUUAACUAUUUUUUUAAAGGCAGGAGCUUCUCGGAGAGGCCCCCGCCGUUUCUCGACUUGCCCACCCAUCUCCCCCUCCUCCCCCGUGCGAGUCUCCCGUGAUUUGCCGACAACACCCCGGGUGAAGUCGCAGUUAUUCUCGGUUGGGGGGACAAUUUGACAGCGAGGCCCCUAGCUAGACUCCCCCUCCCCCAAGUCCCGUCCGCCCGUCCACCCGUGCCCGCCCGUCCGUCCAGAACGACAGACCCACCUCCUCGCUUGAGAUAUCGAAGCGGAGGCUACGAAGGAGGGGGGGAUUUCGGGAUAAAGCUGAAAAGAAAAACCGUGUUCCGUCUCAACCGGGGCCGCCGCAAAACCAGAGGGGAUGACUCUGGAGUCCAUGAUGGCUUGCUGCCUGAGCGAAGAGGCGAAGGAGUCGAAACGAAUCAAUGCAGAAAUUGACAAACAACUGCGCCGAGACAAGCGCGACUCCAGGAGGGAGCUCAAAUUACUUCUUCUCGGUACCGGAGAAAGUGGCAAGAGCACCUUCAUCAAGCAGAUGAGGAUCAUCCAUGGAGCCGGCUACUCAGACGAGGACAAGAGGGGCUUCAUCCGGCUCGUUUACCAGAACAUCUUCACCUCCAUACAGGCCAUGAUCCGCGCCACGGAGACCCUGAAGAUCCCCUACAAAUAUGAACAGAAUCGGUCCAACGCCAUGCUGGUGAAGGAAGUGGACAUCGAGAAGAUCAACGGCUUCGACUAUCACUUCAUCGCAGCCAUCAAAUGCCUGUGGUCCGACCCUGGCAUCCAGGAGGCCUAUGACCGCCGCCGGGAGUACCAGCUCUCUGACUCCACCAAAUAUUAUCUUUCCGAUCUGGAUCGCAUUGCAGACACCGGCUAUCUCCCCACCCAGCAGGAUGUGCUCAGGGUGCGCAUCCCCACGACGGGAAUCAUAGAGUACCCCUUCGACUUGCAGAGCAUCAUCUUCAGGAUGGUGGACGUCGGAGGUCAGAGGUCAGAGAGGAGGAAGUGGAUCCACUGCUUCGAGAACGUCACCUCCAUCAUGUUCCUGGUGGCGCUGAGCGAGUACGACCAGGUCCUGGUGGAGUCCGACAACGAGAACCGCAUGGAGGAGAGUAAAGCUCUGUUCCGGACCAUCAUCACGUACCCCUGGUUUCAGAACUCCUCCGUCAUCCUGUUCCUCAACAAGAAGGACCUGCUGGAGGAGAAGAUCUCCUACUCCCACCUGGUUGACUACUUCCCAGAGUUUGAUGGUCCCCAGAGAGACGCGCAGGCGGGCCGGGAGUUCAUUCUCAAGAUGUUUGUGGACUUAAACCCCGACAGCGACAAGAUCAUCUACUCCCACUUCACCUGUGCCACGGACACUGAGAACAUCCGCUUCGUGUUUGCGGCCGUCAAAGACACCAUCCUGCAGCUCAACCUCAAAGAGUACAAUCUGGUGUGAGGAGGCCCCGCCCUCCGGCUCCUCCCCCUUCCUCCUCCCCCAUCGCACAAAUGCACACACCUCCUUUUGGAAGUGUGCGUGCUUAAGUUCACACGCAUUACACAGCACACCAUGCCGGCUCUCUCUCACAUCACACACUAACAGAACCCUUCCUUUUUCUUUUCUGCAUUACAUUUACAAAAAUCGUCCAGCUCCGCUUUCACCAAAGCCCGCCCCCUCGGCGGCUUGUUUUUGCGCCUCCUAAAGCUGCUCACACACACCAUUCAGUGGCAUCGAACCCCCUUUGGCCCUCCAGAGGUGAGAUCAGAUCCAUUUAGGAACCAGGGGGUGGCUUCACGGGACAGGAAGUGAAGGCCUGGAUGCAAAAGGGGGCGGGGCUAAGGAUUCUGUCUCCGUCCAAGCGCCUGAGCGUCGUGAUCGCAAAAACAAACUAAUUAUGAAGUAAAUGCAUAAAUAAACAGAUUUAAGUUUUUAAACAGCACGAGAGGGCAAGACGGAGCUAAUCAAUCAUAUGUUAAUUGCUGAGUUUAAAAGUUUAUUAUUUUUUUUAAUUAUAGAAAUUUGUUGUUACGUCUUCUAUUUAACAAAUAAUUUCUAAAAGGAUGGGGCGAUAAGAAUUGGUAAGAAAAUCUAUUUCAACUUUUAAACUUUGCAAAACAUUUUAAAAAAGGAACCAGACUUUUUACUAUACAUUUACAUUAAAUAUCAUUAAAAGAUUUUUUAGUUUGUUUAAAAAAAGUUAAGUUGAUCUCAUUGCUUCUCCUCUUUCAGAUGUUUUCUGUAUGGAUGCACCUCCAUGUGACCGUCACAGCAUCUGGCUCCACUAGCAGACGCCCACACACACACAGGCUCUGCUCUGAUUGGUGGAAACGGAUGUGGAGGGGUGGGGGGGGGGGGUGGAGAGGGGCAUGAUGUCAUCAGUGUUUAUCUGCAGCUCGGGCUGUACGUAGCUUAUUAAACAAAUAAUAGCUGAAAAUUAAAACACGCCCCCUCUAAUGAUGUCACACCUGGGGUCACUCAGCCGUCCAAUCAGACGCCUCCUUCCUGGCAUUGCAUCAGGAUGCGCUUCUGUUUUCAUUUUCGUUUUUUACUGUAUAGUCACUUUGUUGAAAUAUAGAUUGCUUACUGUUGAGUGGUGAGAUGAAGGGGGGGUGGGGUUAAGAACCUUUCACAGAACACGCACUCUGAAGUCUGCAACAGUUGUUUGUGUAUAUUCAUUUGUAAAUACAUAUACACAAAACACUCCUGUACAAAAAAGAAAAGAAGAAAACGCUCUGGUACACCAUCUUUGGCACACAAAAAAAAAUCUAAUUUCUUUUGUUUUAGCAUUCAGUUUUUUUCCUAUGAAUUGAUGGUAGAAGUAAUACUGUGAUAUGGAUUUAGUUCACCUGAGUGGCGUCGGAACAGGUGUUCACAGUUAGGACAUGAUUUAUAAGAGUAAUUCAAGAUUAUUAUUAUUUUUUAUUUAUCUAAUUUAUGGACCAGGUUUGAAGGUGUUGAUAAUUUGAUUGCUUUUUUUGAAUGUGUCAUGUUGAAGUGCUCCUUUCUUCUCUCAUGGCGGAGCCUACUUGAGUCUGAACUGCUGUAAAAAAAACUUUAAAAACUUUAAAAAAACAACAACUUAUAAACAACCACCUGAAUGUCUGGUAUAGUAAGGACUUUAUCUCUGCUUUCUAUUUCUUAUCGAAACAUUUCCAUCAUCAUAAUCCUCCCGUCUGCUUUUCUUUAGGAGCCCUCACAUUUUGCUUUUUGAUUUUAAAGAUAAUAAAACAAAAAUAGAAAGACAAAAAAAUAGAGCAGCUUGUGUUCCCCCCUCUGGUUCAGAGACGCGUAGAAACAUGUACAGUACCAACUUAAGGUGGACUCUUUUUUAUCAAUGCAGACCCCGUGUGGUCCAAGCUUGCUCUUUGUAAUUUAACACAAACAUUCAAUUGUUCAUUUCCAGUUUUUUAUAGGCUGUCUUUGUGCCAGUGAAGUGCAGAUAUACUUUUUUUUGGAGGGGGGGGGGGGGUCUUUGACCUUUUUCUACAGGUGACUUAUUUCUCAUCCUCAUUUUAAGGGCUAUCGCAGUACAUCGGACCACCAGUAGGGGUGGGGGGAGGGGCCGAGCGGAGAGAGUUUACAACAAUAAGAGGCUCUCGUUUCUCUAUUUAUUUCAUGUUUCUGGCCCUCUCUAUGUGUACGCAACUCAGACAAGUAUUUAGUGUGCCCCCCCCUCCCCUCCAAAUAUGUUUGACUUAAUGACCAUGCUUGUGGCUUUGCAUGUUUUUAACCCAUUAACUACAAAUCGUACACUUAAUUGAUGACUUAUUUCUUCAGUUUUUUUGUUCUUGAAGUCCUGCUGUGUUCACGCUCUCUAGAAUGAUUGAUUAUUAUUAUUUAGGUGACAAACAAACUGACGCCAUCCUCUUAAUAGUUGUAUUGUUCUCGAAAACCACUAAGAAGACUAAACGUCACGGAUCUCGAGUCGUUUUCACGUCGGUUGAUUUUUUGUUUUUUCUCGGACUGAAACGGCAGUAAAAAAACUGAAAUGUAUUCUUUAAAUAAAAUGUUAAAACGGGAAGCGGUGAUAAGAUUGAACACUAGGUUGAAGGGGCUGAAAUGUAUUCUUUAAGUGCUGAAAAUGACACUGAGCUUGAGUGGGUCGCCCCCCCUCCCCCACCACCACCACACAUGUUCAAGGGUCCCAGUAUUUAAGUGGCGAACCAGUACGGACCCCCCAGUAUUCAUCGGCGUGUUGAAGAGUUCACUUUAACGUUGUAUUUUACAAACUCAGCACUGAGCGAGCGGCUGGAUUUUGGUAUUUUUUUGAAUAAUGAAAGUUGGCGUCUCGGCCCCUCCCUCUGCGGUCUCGGAGACCCUUUUAUUUUGGCAGGGUGUGACCGUGGUUGUGUGAUUAUUUUUUUCAUAGAAUAAGUGUAAUCAAACUUAUCUUUAUGGAGACUUAAUAACUUAAAUCUUCUUCCUCUGUUUCCUGUACAACAAAGAAAACAUUACCAAGAACUCUAUUUUAGGAUCAUUUGAUUCUUCUUCUUCUUCUAAUAAUUCUUGUUCUUCUUCCUCCUCUACUAAUUUUUGUUCUUGUUCUUCCUCCUCUUCCUAUUCUUCUACUAAUUCUUCUUCUUCCUCUUCUUCCUCUACCAAUUCUUCUUCGUUUCUUCUAAUUCUUCCUCCUCUUCCUCUUCCACUAAUAAUUGUUCUUGUUCUUCCUCCUCUUCCUCUACUAAUUAUUCUUCCUCUUCCUCUUCCACUUCUUCUUCUUCUUGUAUGUAAAUGAUGUAUUAUGAGUGUGCCAACCCCACAGGCUCUCUCUCUCUUUAAGUGCCAAUGCUGUGGUCAUCAUCAAAGGAUGCCCCCCCCUCCUCUUUUUAAAUAAAACACACCAGAGACUAAAAAAGGAUAGAUGAUUAAGUACACACAAAGACUUUAUUCUGUAUUUAAGAUUGAAGAUUUAAAAAAAGAUAAUCUGCUGUUUUUUAAGAAACUGUAAUUAUAAUUGCAUGUGCUGUUUUAUUUUGUGUUGGAAGUGAGGGGCUUCGGAGUUGAAGCGAAGCCCCUCGACGAAGGGGCGUUCAAUCCGCUGGUUAUUAUCGAUUAUUGAUUUACAUAACUCUUGCCAUAUUUUUUUUUUCUUUGAAAAAAAAAAAACGUGUUUCAUGUAUUUGUUUCAACCACUGUUGCCUGAUCCUCAUUCAAACAUGAACAUGACUUAUGAUCAUUGCCGCCUUCUAAGAGAGAAACAUAAUGACAAGGUAUCUGUUUUAAAUUGAAAUAAAUUUGUUCCUAUACUUGC